UAUUUUCAACUAUGUAAGGGUAAAGUAAACCCUAAUUAUAAUUUUGCCGAGAACUGUCAAAAUCGAUGAAAGUGAAGUGAAUUGCAUAUUAUUUACCCUGUUUUAGAUAUGAGUUAAACAAGAUACAGAACUUGUGUGUAAGAAUGGAUGCAACAACUGUUCAGAAGAUUAGGAAUGGAACUGAGGAAGAAAUAAUUCAGUUACUGGGUGACUGGACUCAGAAGAAUGCACAAAUAUUCACAUUCAGCGAUGUUACAGAUGAUGUCAAAGAGAAAGUUACAGAGAGUUUAUUUGCUCGCCUGUCACAGAAAGCUUCGUCCAAAUUUUACUGUUUAUGUUUACAAACAUUGAGAUUGUUUAGCAGAGAGAAAAAUAGACUGGGUUCUAUGAUCACUGAUAAUGGACUGGUCCAUUUUAUGAGGUUAGCUGGACUGGAACACUAUGCUAAACAGGGGGAGGCAGAGAAUGGAAUCACAAUACAACUUGGUGAUGCAGACGUUACAAUAGAAGCUCAGAAAUGUUUAUGUAACCUCAUAUUCAACAGUGCACAGGCCCAGGCAGCAUGCAGUAAAAAUGGGUGUGUUGAAGGUAUUGUACAAAGAUUGAAGACAUACAAGGACCCCGAUCUUAAAUUUGAUAUCAAGUUCUAUGACAUGAGACUGUUGUUUCUUCUGACAGCACUUUGUGCAGAUACCAGGCCAAAGAUACGUUUCGAAUUGCACGGGUUCACUUACCUGAUUGAGGUCAUAGAUCUAAUACUGAGAGAUGCUGAGGCACGUGACAACGGCCUCACUGACCAGGAAGUAGAUUUGUGCUCGGAAAUUCUCAAAAUUCUAUUUAAUCUGACAGUGACUGUGGACAGAAAUAACUUAGACGAGGAGGAAGAAGCACAUAUGAUGAGACUGGUUUGUGUACUCAGAGAUCUUCUCAUGUGUAAAACAGCAUCUAAAGAUAAAAGGGAAGAAAUAAUAAGUCACACAGUGAAUUUAUUAAUCAACAUGCCGAGAGAUUGUUAUGAGGAACUUCUAGCUCCCAUGGCAGAGGUUGAUCUGACUGGUAUUGAGAAUAAAGAGGUGGAAUAUGACGGCAAGAAUAUGGAAGCUGUCGUGAUACUCCUUAACUUCUUGUAUGAGCGACUAGAUAGGCCUCCAAAGUCAUUAAAAGAGAGUCUUACACCGAUCUUGCAUUGUUUGUGUGAGACGUGUAGAGCUAACAGAUCCAUCAGAAAAUUCUGUAGAAUGAAGGUGCUGCCUCCAUUGAAAGAUGAAGUGAAACAUUUACCUGAGGAAGGUAGCACUCUCAGAAACAGAUUGUGUAAGUUGUUGACGUCACCAAUCUUAGAGGUGAAGGAACUUGCAGCAGAUUUUCUUUUUGUUUUGUGCAAAGAAAGUGUAAAUAGAAUGAUCAAGUACACUGGUUACGGGAACUGUGCUGGUUUGUUGGCAAAUAGAGGUCUCAUGUGUGGCGGCCAGAGUCAAGGUCAGGGAGACUACUCCAGUGAUUCUGAAGACUCCGAAACUGAAGAGUAUUCUAAUAUGGCGGAAUGUGUAAAUCCAGUAACUGGUAGAUUUGAGGUGGAGAAGCCAAAACCUUGGGAAGGUAUGACAGAUGAACAAAAAGAAUAUGAAGCUAUGAAACUUGUAGAAGCUAUGGACAAACUGAACAGACAGGGAAUAAUACAGCCGAGUGUGUUAGGAGAUGAUGGUCGCCCACAGACUGUAUCACAUAUUCUGGAGUUGUUGGAGAACCAGCCUAACCCCCCACCAGCAACAGGAAGUGAUGAUGAGUAGACUGGUUUACUGAAAGUGGAUUUUAUGUGUACAGACUGUGCUUAGUCUGGUUGCACGCCCACCAAAAUUAUUGCAAGUGAUACCAGUUUUUAUAUCAGAAGUUCAAUUAUUAAAACAUAAAACACAAAUUUGUACAGAUGAAUGGAAACUGAUUAUAACAUACUGGAAAAUAAUAUAAAAUUUGAUUGGUUGAAGGUUCUGUCUGCAAUAUAAUUGGUCGUUGAGAUGGUUCUAAAAAUAGUCUGAUACAUUAUGUGAAAAUUCUGGUUAUAAGUAGACAGUGUAAGGCAGUGUAUUUUUUUAUAAGCAAAACCACCAUUCUUAAGAAGUAAAAUAGCCUUUAAAAAAAAUGAAUGUAGAAUACACAAUGAUAAUAUACUUUAAAUAUGGAGUUUUCUAUUAUAAAUUAAUGUGGGGGAUUUUAAUAAUAACUUAUUAUUAUAAUAAUAAACAUCAAGCUGCCAACAGUAUAGUGAGAAAAGGUUGCAGGAUUUGGAAGGCUAACCUUACUCUUAUCUUAGUGACAUAGGCAAGGAUGGGUUGCCUUUUAGUUUAGCAUUGAAAUGGCUAAAACAACACACUAUAUAUACAUGUAGCAAUUUAUAAAUGAUGAUGGAAUAAAGAAAUGACAUCACAUGGGGCAACAGAUAGAUAUUUUUGAUUAGGGAGGAUUCAGAGGAAAGAUUUAUCAAAAGAACAUUGUACAAAUGCAUUCUUACCCGUAACCUACUGAAUUUCUUAAAUGGACUUUUCCAAUUUCGAUUUUGGAACAGUCCUUAAUCAAUUUUAAGGGAUAUGAAGGUGAGAAUUUCAAGUUGGCCAGCCAACAGUAUAGAGCCUGGUCAGACUGCACGAAUGUGCAAGCAGGCCUGGCUCUAUACUGGUGGCAAAGACUAAUCACUUUGGCCUUCAGCAGGGUAAAGGUUAACCUUAAUCUUGGAUACAGAAUCUACCCAUGCAACCAGUGCAGACCAAGAUUAGCCGGCACAUCCAUGCUCUCUGAUCAUAGCACUGUUUACAUUUCUAUCAGUGCUUAUUUUGACAUUUUUCCUGAAUAUAGACAAAUCUGUGUAAAAUAUUUAUUGGGUUAAUAUGGAUGAAAUAGAUGUUACUGACUUUGUUUGUAUGGUACAUGUAAAUUAUUGGUAUGUUAUUAUUAUAUUAAUAAUAGUGAGAAAGAUUUAUUAAAAUUUGUCAUGCCAAAAUUAAAUUAUCAUAAGGUUUGAAUAAAUUGAAUUUCUGUAAGGGUUGCUAUUCAAUGUAUAUACUAUUCUUUUUAUGAUGUUUUCAAACAAAAAAAAAUUGGCGCAAACAUUCUGAGAUUAUGUUUUGUAUCUAAUUAUUUAACCAAAAGAUCUCAAAUUUAAGGUUAUACUUUUUAACCAUUUGUCCUCAAUAUUUUACUGUAUGCAAAAGAUGAUAAUGUAAAAUGGUGCGUUUUUGUUUUUUUUUAAGGAAAACUUUCUUGAAUGGCGCUGCAAUAUGUCAAAAAUUAUGUACAGUAAAUAUUGGGCGGAAAAUAAUCCAGAUGUAAAAUUCUCAGAAUCAGUUUUACACGAGACCCUCUCUGGUUUUUAGAAUGACCACUCUAAAGCUUUUUAUGUCUUUUAAGCAUAGUGAUCAAACCUUGCAAUUUUAUUAUUUGUCGGUCAUGCUAUUCUGUGUAAACUUUACUAAAGUCUGAUGUUGUUUAUUUGGAAAGGUGUUCAAUUUGUAAACAUGUCUUAUAGUUACCGUUUCUAAUUACACUACUCACCUUUUAAAGUCAGGAUAAUAAAAGUUCAGUUGUCUUAAAAUGUUUAACAUUUUCUGAGAAGUGAAAUUUUUCCAUCUUCAUCCCCACUCAAGGAUAUUAAUUAGAAACAAUAUUUGCCCGUGUAUGCACGUACAUGGGAAACACAUGGACACCACUUUUCACUGUAGAUUGAUAUGCUUUUGAAUAAUGUAAAUAAAAAUUUCAGAACUUUGUCAGAGCUUUUUGCAUAAAUUUUGAUUCUUUUCAAAUUAAGGUACUUGUGUGUUCAUCAGAUUUUGCUUUAACAAACAUUUGUAAAUCAAGUGUACAAAAUAUUUCUUCUUGAUGGUGCUUAACUUACACAAUAUAAAUGUAUAGUAGUACUGUGUAAGUUAUCAUAGGAUGUUGUCAAAAUGAUGUAAACUAAACUACUUAAUCAUUAAUUAGCAGCGUCAUGACAAAACCAACAUAAUGAGUUUGCGACCAGCAUGGAUCCAGACCAGCCUGCGCAUCCGCGCAGUCUGAUCAGGAUCCAUGCUGGUUGCAAACCCAUUAUGUUGGUUUUGUCAUGACGUGGCUCAUUUGUUCUAGCAAUUCACCCCAACUGUGCUGAAUAUGUAUGAUAUACUUUGCCUAGUUUUAAUUUGAGAAUCAUUUUAAUAUGUGUCUGAGUGAUUUAAAUUUCACUAUUGAAAUGGUAAGAUUGAGCAGUUAUCUAGGGUUGUGUCUAAUCAGUCUGACGUAACAAAAAUAGUAAAACCUGACUAACCAUAAAGUCAGGCAGGCCUAACAAAUAGGUCAAACUGGCCUAACAAUAAGGUCAAACUGGCCUAACAAUAAGGUCAAGCUGGGUUAAAAAAGGUUAGAACAGCCUAAUAAUAAGGUCAAACUAGACUAACAAUAAGGUCAGACUGGCCUAUCAAUAAGGUCUAAUUGACCUAACAAUAAGGUCAGACUAGCCUUACAAUAAGAUCAAAUUUUACUAACAAUAAGAUCACACUGGCUUAAUAAUAAGGUCAGACUAGCCUAACAAUAAGGUCAGACUAGCCUUACAAUAAGGUCAGACUAGCCUAACAAUAAGAUCAAAUUUUACUAACAAUAAGGUCAGACUGGCCUAACAAUAAGGACAGACUAGCCUAACAAUAAGAUCAAAUUUUACUAACAAUAAGGUCAGACUGGCCUAACAAUAAGGUUUGGCUGGACUAACAAUAAGGUCAGACUAGCCUUACAAUACUCGUAUUAUGGGCAAGUCAUCUCUACAAGCACUGUAUGAGUUGAUAUUUUCAUACAUAUAAUAAUUUUUAUCUCCAGUUGAUUUUGUUUAGAGUAUUGUGAUAAGUGAUAGGAAAAAAACAAUGUCCAUUUGGUU